GAAGGUAGUAGGUGAAGUGGUAGGGGGUGAAGUGGAGGUGGUAGUGGUAGGUUAGGUGAGGAGUAGGUGAGGAGGUGAGUGUGUGUGGUAGGUGGUAGUGGUAGGUUAAUACAAUUUACAUUAACAUUUCUGAUGAUGCUAUGCCAAGGGAUAUUGGUGUGCUGUCCUUGUUGCGGAACUUGAAUUUGAGUGGGAAUCCGAUUUGUAGCAUACCAGAUAGCAUCAACUGCCUUACUCAGCUGCAGUCACUUGCUUUAGAUAGUUGCACAAGACUCCAAUCCCUUCCAGAGCUUCCAAUGAGUUUAAAUGACUUGGAUCUAUUCAAGUGCAGGUCGUUGGAAAUGGUAACAAACCUACCAAACAUUUUGAGUUCACUGGAUAUGAUCUUAAAUUCUUGUGACAAACUAGUUGAAGUUCAGGGAUUAUUCAAGUUAGUGCCCAUUGUAAACAUCGAUGCACAAAUUAUAAACAAAUUGGGCUUGUUCAACUUGGAAGUCAUAGGAGAAGUCAAGGUGGAACUUCUUAAUAAUAUGGCAUUGUCAAAAAGGAAACUUCCCCUCCAGGGACUGUAUGAAUUUAAUAUAUUCAGCACUUUUCUUCCAGGAAGUGAGGUUCCAAGGUGGUUCAACAAUAAGAGUACAGGGUUCUCAAUUUGUUUUAAUGUGCCUUUACUUCCAAAUCUCAAGAUCCAAGGCUUGAAUGUUUGUGUUGUGUAUGCACGUGCUGAAAGAAAGAACAAUGAUCCGAGAAAUAAGUCCUGGAAUGAGUUUUGUAUUAAAACCAACAACAACACGAAGCAUUUGAAGUGGAGCUAUAUCCCAACAUUCGUAGGCAUUCCAGAAGACAAUGAAGACAUGAUAUGGUUAAGCCACUGGAACAUGGGGAAUCAGUUUGAAUGUGGGGAUGAAGUGGAUGUUUCAGUGUUUCUGUGGUCAACUUUUUAUCUAAAAGAGUUUGGCAUUCAUGUUGUGUAUGAGCAAGAAAAGAAGGGUAUCCAACAAGACGCCUAUCUUCCCACUCUAAAUGUCAUUGAUCAUGAUUUAUCAGCAUAUCAGGUGAGACCAGGCAUGUUCUUCCUUUGCCAUCGUGAUUUUUUUCUUUAUCAAAGCAGUCUACAACAAUUUGAAUUAAUUGAAGAUGGAGCCCAAUCAAAAGGACUAAUCUAGUUGGCUAGAGUUUUUUCAUUCAGUUCGGUUCUCCCCUGCCCACUUUGAGAGUCUAAAUAAUUUCCUCUCUAUACUUCAUGUAUAUACCAUGUAAUCUAUUCAGUUAAAUGUGAAUGAGAACACAUGUUGAAGACUUCAGUGUGUAUCAUUGCUAUACAUGGUUAUCAGAACAAA